UAAGCAUUAAGUGCGGAUAUUUUCAGUGUUAUUUUCUAUUUAAAUAUUAAGGUUUUCUGCAUGAGCAGAUACUCUCAAGUGCUCCGACCGACCGAUAUAUGUCCGCAUUAGAUUUUUAUGACAGUAACAGGAUUGGACUACUAAAUUUAAUUAUAAUUUUAAUUAUUUGAAAUAAAUGACAAUGUAUCGUCACAACUUUAUUAUAUGCAGUGUUACCGUCUUGGAGAAAGACAAAGGACGGCAUAAAAGAGAUUCAAAGCACGCAAAGCAGGACAUUAUUCAUGGCAAAGGACAAUUCAUGUCAUAACAAAGAUAUGUACAAGCACCCAGAUGGUAUUUUUAGAUGUUCAGCGGACACAUCAAUGUGGGUGAUUUACUACAGUCUUAUAAACAGAGACCAUAUGGCACGCCGCUCUUCGGUCCGAUAAACUACCAUAUGGCCAAAGCGUCCCGUUUAGUCCUGACACAAUCCGAUUAACCUGUUAAACAAACCACUCGGUUUCUCUCCUAGUACUGGUGGCAUUCUUUCUCGAAACGGCCUGAAGUCCAUUGAUAACACCUAUUCAAGCGUUUAUCAAUAAGCAGGAGCUUUAAUCGCGACAAAUAUUUCUACAGGUGAGUUUUCGAUGACAAUUGCCAGUCGAGAGUGGGCAUGAGUCUAUGCCAUGGCUAGAGGAGUCCAGCGAAGAUAGAGCAGAACUGCAGUGCCAUGGAGGAUGCCCAGUCCAGACCCCAUUCAUCCCACUCCACAUACUCGCAGAGGACUGAGGAUGGAGCAUCCGCGCUGGGAAAUCAUUUUGAACAUCACCUUACUGUCAAUCAGGCAAUCCUGGUGGUUGCCAAGCGCUCAGAAAGCCCCAAUCUGAGUAUGACCGAAGAGACAAUCUACAUCCCUCGAACAGUGUCUUCAGUUGAUGCGUGCACCAACACAGAACCUCCUUACGAAUGCUGCCCAAGGCUACGCAGAUUAUGCCCGUGCCCACCCCGAGGCUUGCUGGCCACAAUAAUCACCAAAGUGACCAUGGCUGCAGUGCUCUUUGGGGUGGUGUGGUCCAUUACAGAGAAGGAAUGCCUCCCGGGUGGGAACCUCUUCGGAAUUGUGACUCUGUUCAUCUGUUCUGUGGCUGGAGGAAAACUGUUUGGACGCAUCAGCUUUCCAAACCUGCCACCAUUACCUCCUCUUCUCGGCAUGCUGCUGGCAGGCUUUAUCCUUAGAAACAUCCCUGUGGUGACAGAUGCGGUUUACAUUGAUGUUAGAUGGUCUGCCUCUCUAAGGAACAUAGCUCUUGCUAUCAUUCUGGUCAAAGCUGGGCUGGAAUUAGACGGCAAGGCCCUGAGGAAGCUUAAAGCAGUGUGUUUACGUUUGUCCAUAUUUCCUCUCACCUUUGAGGCAACCACUAUGGCCGUGGUCUCCUAUUUAUUAUUGGGUCUUCCAUGGGUCUGGGGCUUUAUACUAGGCUUUGUUCUUGGGGCUGUUUCUCCUGCGGUGGUGGUUCCAUCCAUGCUGCUUCUACAGAAGCAAGGAUAUGGAGCAGAGCAGGGUAUACCUACUCUUCUCAUGGCAGCAUGCAGCGUUGAUGACAUCAUUGCCAUUACCUGCUUCACCACCUGCUUGGGUGUAGCUUUCGCUACAGGCACAGUGUGGUUAAAUGUGCUGAGAGGACCGCUGGAGGUGUUAGGUGGUGUGAUUGCUGGUGUGGCGUUAGGAUAUUUUCUGCAUUACUUCCCCAGCAAAGAUCAGGGAAGCCUGGUGCUAAAACGAUCCUUCCUGGUGCUAGGGCUGGCUGUGUUUGCUUUGUUUGGCAGUAAUGUGGCCGGGAUUCCUGGCGCAGGAGGCCUCUGUACACUGGUGCUGGCUUUUGUGUCAGGAAUAGGAUGGGGAAAUGCAAAGGCUCCAGUGGUAGAGAUGGUGGAAAGGUUCUGGCAUGUGUUCCAGCCUCUUCUCUUUGGUCUUAUCGGUGCUGAGAUUGUCAUUGGUGCUUUGGAGAUCAGCACUGUUUCCCUAGGCAUAGCAGCCCUGUUCAUUGCUCUCACUGUACGGUUGCUCAUCACUUUUGCUGUGGUUCUGCGUGCUGGCUUUAACCUAAAAGAGAAAGUCUUUAUCGCUCUUGCCUGGAUGCCUAAAGCCACAGUACAGGCCGCUAUAGGCUCUACAGCUCUGGAUAUGGCCCGUUCUAAGAAUGACCUUGAGCUGCAGAAAUACGGUAUGGACGUCCUCACCGUGGCUGUGCUGUCCAUUCUCAUCACCGCUCCUAUUGGAGCCCUCAUCAUUGGCCUGCUUGGCCCUCGAAUGUUGCAGAAACCAAAGAACCCUGAGUGGGCUGUCAGCCAAGGUGCUUUAUCAGCAUCAGGCACACCGGUGACAUACGAGAGUGCUUUGUGAUCCAUGAUAGAAGCUUUUGGAAAUUUCUGGACUGGAGUUUCCAGGAUCUUAGAAGGAAUUGACACCCAACAUCUGAGGCUGCUGAUAAACCUGUUUCUCUUCUCAGUUGUCUGUUACGCCCCUCUGAAGUCAGACUGCAGAUAUGGCACUUGAAUAUUGUUUUUCAGAGCUGGACGGAAACAAUCCAACAUUACAUUAUUUAGACACAGGCAAUGAUAGUACUCUUAAUUUAUCGUUCUCCUUGAAAUCACAAGGAGUUUUUAAGCAUCAAACACUACAGAGAUUGUUUUAGAGCUAUCAAGAAAAAUAUUUAAACUAAAUAUUUUUAUUUUAAAUAAAAUAUUUGUUGUUUUUAAUAUUUAUUUUCCAAAUGGCAUGCUGCUGUUUUGAUUGUAUUUGUUACAUUGUUAACUCAGUCUAUAAAAAAGUAAUGUAGUGGUCAGUUUUGUAUCGACCUCCUGCAUUCUGACAUUUUACAUCAGUGUUCCUGCAGGUAUCUACAGUCAGACUCUUUUGUGUUUACAAUAGAAGUUAUUUUAGAAUCUAAUGAAAGAGACUUUAUUAUUAUUCAAUAUCUUGCUAACGCUAAAACUGUCGGCAUUGAACAGCUUAUGUUACUUUCCAAUUAACAAUUCGUAUUUAUUUAGCAGUUAUUGGAGUAAUUUUUUUUUACAUGAUUGUGUUUUUAUGCAUCUAAUUUAACCUAUUAUCAUGCAGGGUCCUGCGAAAGGUUUAGAUAAGAGUAUUUUUUUUAGUGAAGUGAGUUUACAAGGUUUUGUCUCAGAAUAUAAUAGUAAUGCUACAUGCAGUCAUUGUUAAUUUUCAAAGUAAAACUAUUGUUAUUAAUAAUUUAUGCAUAUGUAAUCAUGUACCACCUUUUUUUUUUAAUUA